AUGGUAAAGUUGGAAAUGGUAUAUCUGAUGAACGUCAGUCUUUACUUUACAACGUUCAAAACAUUUCAAAACUUUGUUCAAGUGAAUAAAAAAUGUAAAAGAGCUAUUUGUUCAUUAAGAUAUGCACAAUGGUACAAUGAACGUUCAAACCAAAUAUUUCCUUCAUGUGAAACAUUACAAAUAAAUGUAUUUAAUGACUCUAAUGAUGUUGUUAAACAUAUUCCAUCUGGAAUUCAAAGAAUAACAUUUAGGGAAUCACCAGACUUAGAUAUUGUUAAUACCCAAUUACUUAAAUUUGUAGUUAAUGGAAAUGGAUUUAUACAAAACAUAAAAGACCUAUGCCAAUUAGAAUGUUUUACAUUUAAAAUUGAUUACAAUUUUGUUAAUUUAGAUGAAGUAGAACAUGAAGUUUUAAAAUACCCUUGGAAUGAUCUUCUUUCAUUACCAAAUUUAAAACGAAUUAUUAUCAAAUGUUCAUAUUGUUCUACACCAUUCUUUGUUGGUACUGAAAAAAUUCAUCAAUUCAACACAAUGAUACAGAGAGUCACAAGGAUAUUAAAUUCAAAUAAACAAAUACUAAUUGAAGUUCAAAUGGAAAAUCUUGAUGAUUAUUGUGUUAAUGAAUUGAAAAAGAAUAAUCAAAUUAUUCUCUCUUACACUGGACCACUUUCUCCAAAAAUUACUAACUCAAUUCUUACUAAACAAGUUAUAUUAAAAACAUCUUAUAAAGAACUUACAUUUGGAUUAGAACAUAUUACAGAUGGUUCAAUAAUGCCAAUUUGUCAAAUGUAUUUACCAGAAACAAUUCAUCUUAGACCAUUUACUAUUUCAACAAAAUAUCAACAACCAUUAUCUCCUAAUGAGUCUCAAAGUGAAUCUGAUGAUACUAAUACACAAGGAAUAUAUUCUUUAAAUGAACUAACAUCAAUACAAAAUAUAGACAUUCUUAUAUCUCAGUCUAUUUCUUUUGAAUUACCUACUUCUGUCUUACAUCUUAUAACAAAUGUCCCAAUACCUAAUUUAGAUACAUUAAAACUAAUUUCAUUAGAUAUAAAAACAGAAGAACAAGAAUUUCUAUUUCCUUCAACACUUACUUCAUUAAAAAUUACUCAUUCUCCUAUAAUUUCUAUUAAAAAUCUAUCAUUAUUAAAAACUCUUAAUUGUUUUGAUUGUUCAUCAUUAGAAUAUAUAAGUAAUUUACCUAACUUAGUAUCUUUAUCAUUGAUGAAUUGUAAUAAUCUAACAAAAUUAGAAAUUAAUUCUCCACUUCAUUGUCUUACUUUACUUCAACUUGGAUUAACUUCUAUUAAAAUCCCAUCAACUAUAAUAAAGAUGGUGGUUGAUACUCAAAUUGAAAUAUUAAAUUUAAAUAAUAUAAAUAUAAAAAAUUCAUAUGAAAUAUUUAAUUACUAUCAUUGA